AUGUUACGGUUAAAUAUUCGACGUACUGAACAGGAAACUGUUAGUUUCAAUUUUAUCGAUGAUCUUUCAUCGUUUUCUAGCAAUCAAACAAAUAAACAAGAAGCAGCAUUUAUGUAUAUGCAAUUAUUGAAAGAUAUAUUUAUUGAAAUGAAAGAUGAUAGUAAAAGUGAGAUGAUAUUAUUUUGUCGACAGCAAUAUGCAGAUAAUUACUAUGCCCUACAAUUUAUUAAUGAUUUUGAACAAAAUUAUGAAUCACAUCAAGCUAUAAACUGGUAUACACGCGAAAGUUUUCUCUAUAAAAUUCUAAAUAAAGCACUUCGAACACAAGAUAUCGAAGUAUUAUAUAAAAUCCGAAUAUUUAUUCGAAAUUUACAUUUUCAUUUACUCGAAUGUUUUCAUGAACAGAAAAACAAUUCGACAACACGAUUACUCUAUAGAGGUCAACGUAUGUCGAAUAGUGAAUUUAGAAAAAUUCAAAAUAAUAAAGGUGGACUUCUUUCUAUUUCAAACUUUUUCUCGACUACAGAAGAUAAAUCAGUUGCUAUGAUUUAUGCAGGUAUUUCAAAUGAUGAUGAAAUAGCUAUGAUGUUUGAAAUCAAAAUAGAAUCAUCUCUAACUGAAAUAACGAGCCCAUUUGCCAAUAUACAAGAAUUCAGCAAUUUCGGACAAGCUGAAAAAGAAUGGUUGUUUUCAUUUGGUUGUGUUUUUCGAAUAGUCGACAUUAAACAAAAUAUUGAUAAUCAACCUUGGUAUAUUCAUUUAGUUUUAACCAAUGAAUUUGAUAAACAAUUAAAGAUGAUGACUGAACAUUUUCGAAGUGAUAUUUCAAUUGGAUUACUUUUACCUAUUCAUUCUCUAGGCAAAUUAUCGUAUAAAAUGGGUAUUUACAUGCCUGCUAUUGAAUAUUAUGAAAUGGCUCUAAAAUCUGAAUCAUCAUGGCGAGGAAAAAUUAUGAUUCUCAAAGAAAUUGGACAAACCUAUGAACGUCUUGCUCUUUUUGAUAAUGCACUUGCUUGCUUUUCUAAAGCAAUUACUAUGCAUGAGAAACUGAAUGAUAAACAAACAAAUGAUUAUCAUAGAUUAGCAGCAACCUAUGUCGGUAUGGCUGCUAUCUUUACAGCUAAACAAGACAAAAAUCAAUCUUUGAAUUAUUUAAAUGAAGCACUCAAUACAGAAAUAAAACUUGAACAGCCUAAUAAGGAGACUCUUCUUAAUUGCUACAAUGAUAUCGGUUUUAUCCAUUUUACAGAACAAAAAUACGAUGAAUCCCUAUUCAAUUAUCAAAAGGCUCUAGAUAUUGGGAUAGAAAUCUAUCCAGCAACACAUCCAGAUAUUGGUACUAUAUAUAUGAAUAUUGGUAAUGUAUACCAAGCACAGAAACGUUAUGAAGAUGCGUUAGAAAAUAUGAGAAAAUCACUUGACAUACAACUCACGUCUCUUCCAGUUGACCAUCCGGACGUUGCUCGAUCGUUUAAUAACAUAUCUGGUAUCUAUCAUUCGAUGGGCCACUACGAAGAUGCAUUGACUUAUUGUAAAAAUGCAUUGAAUAUCUAUAUGAAACGUAUGCCAGAGAACCAUCCUAAUCGUGCCGUUUUAUAUAAUAAUAUGAUAGAACUCUAUGAUAAGUUAGGUCAAUUGAAUGAAUCAUUAGAUUAUCAGUAUAAAAAGUUAGAUAUCUAUCUAGCAACAUUACAACCCGAUGAUGCCAAAAUCGGUAUUACUUAUAAUACAAUAGCUGCUACUCUAGCCGCUUUACGUCGAUUUGACGAAGCAGCAGAGUAUGCUUUGAAAGCUGUUGACUUUACUACACGAGUUUUUGGUGCAAAUCAUCCUGCGACAAAAACUUGUGCUAAGAACUUGGAGGAAAUAUUAAAUUGUCAGUAG